ACUGGAAACAGUUUACUGCGAGAUUCCCACUUCAUUAGUUGGCAAUGCACGUGGACGACAGCAAAAAGCACUCGUAGUACUUGUUUCGCCCUUGAUUUGCAUCUAAGAAUCGCUCAGAUACAUCUGGUGAGCUGAAACUCGUUUCUGAGCCGCAGUGUCGUGCAGGUAUCCGUACUCGUUUGAAUAUUUGUUCACUCUAAAGAGCACAAGCGUGGAGGUGUAUGUGUGUUCUUACAGCCCCGAUCAUUUGUAUUUCCAUUUGAGUGCGAGCGAAGACGAGGGUUUACAACUUGAUGAGAAUUUGAUCAAGAUAACAUUAAAACACAAUCUGCUGCAGUCGGACGGGGCACUUCUGAUUGAAUCGUCGACGGAAGAGGUUCGGAUCUCGAAAGCCAAAAAUAAUCAGCCUUUUACUGGCCAAUUGAGAUACGGAAACUUCUACCGACCGAGUGUAGUAUGGCUGAAUCAGUGGAUGGAGCAGAGACUGUUGACCAGAUUCGCGAUGGCCUCAUGGACGACUGGAAGAUCCUGGAGAACGUAUUCCACCUUCUCCGGAAGGAGGAUACCUUCUGCGUGGAUCCCCAGAAAUGGGACAAGCAGAAGAUAGUCCCCUUUUUGCAGCCAGACAAACUUAAGGAACUGAUUAACCUGAAGGUUCGAGAGACGGAAAACUGCUCGCUCGCGGAGAUCGAGGAGCUGUGCCAGCAGGUGAUCCAUUACUCUGUGAAAACCUCGCACGGCCGCUUCCACAAUCAGCUCUUUGGCCAGCUGGACCCGUUUGGACUGGCAGGAGCCCUGGUCACCGAGGCCAUGAACGGCAGCACGUAAGUCUGCGCCUUAUUCCACACAUGUGUCUUGUCUAUAUGAGUGACCGCUGAUUGCAUCUCGUGUUCCAAUCUACAAGUGGUGUCGGGGUUCAACGUACAGAUAAUUGCGCUAUGUAAUGGAGAUUGCAAAGUACUACAUAUACACCUACGAAGUUGCGCCCGUGUUUAGCUUGAUCGAAACUGAGGUGAUCGCGACCAUCUGCAAGUUAGCGGGAUACAAGGAAGGCGAUGGCAUCUUUGCGCCCGGUGGCUCCACCUCCAACAUGUACGGCAUGGUUCUGGCCCGCUAUAAGAUCGCGCCCGAGGUGAAGACGUCUGGAAUGUUUGGAAUGCGACCGCUGGUGCUCUUUACCUCCGACGAGUCGCACUACAGCUUCGUGAAGGCGGCCAACUGGCUGGGAUUGGGCAGCUACAACUGUGUGUCGGUGAGGACCAAUGAGCGGGGUCAGAUGCUGUUGGACGACCUGGAGGCGAAGAUCGCAGAGGCAAAGGCACGUGGCGGUGAACCGUUCUUUGUCAACUGUACUGCAGGCACCACUGUGUUGGGUGCCUUUGAUGAUAUCAAUGGUGCGGCGGAUGUGACGGAACGACAUGGUCUGUGGCUCCAUGUGGACGCCUGUCUGGGAGGCGCUGCACUACUCUCCGCCAAGAACCGAUCGCUCAUUGCCGGCCUCGAGCGGGCGAAUUCGUUUUCCUGGAAUCCGCACAAAACCAUCGGCGCUCCAUUGCAGUGUUCACUCUUUUUGACCAGGGAAUCUGGCCGUCUGCUGGAAAGAUGCAACAGCACCGAGGCGCACUAUUUGUUCCAGCAGGACAAGUUCUAUGAUGUAUCCUACGAUACGGGAAACAAGAGUGUCCAGUGCGGCCGCAAGAUCGACGCUUUCAAGUUCUGGCUAAUGCUUAAGGCUCGCGGAUAUGGAAAGUAUGGACUCAUGGUGGACCACGCCAUCCACAUCGCCAGGUUGCUGGAAGGCAAGCUGCGCCAGCGUGGAGAUCGCUUUAGACUGGUGAUCCCGGAGCACGAGUACUCCAAUGUCUGCUUUUGGUUCAUUCCGAAAGCAAUGAGGGUGUCCAGCGAGGAGGAGACGCCUGAAUGGUGGAGUCGACUUUACACUGUGGCCCCGAAAAUUAAGGAGCAAAUGGCCCACAGCGGCACUUUGAUGAUUGGUUACUCGCCUCUUAAAGCUAAAAAUCUGGGCAACUUCUUUCGCAUGGUCUUCACUUGUUUUCCCAUCCUGAAAAGCAAAGAGUUGGACUUCAUUUUGGACGAAAUUGAGAGAUUGGGCGAGAAAAUUGUGCUUUGAAUUAUUUUCUAUGUGAAUUAAGCUAAUUAAUGGAAAUCGUUCAAUUGUACAUUUCAUUGUAGUUAUUACUUUGUGAUAAAAAAUACGCCUUUAUUAUGU